UUUUCCAACUCACGCUGCCUCAGACGGCCACCAAGCAGCUGAGGAGAGAGCAGCCAGACGAACUCAUCAUGUCCGACAAACCAGAUUUUGCAGAAAUUGAAACGUUUGACAAGACCAAGCUGAAGAAGACAGAAACCAGAGAGAAAAAUCCAUUGCCCACUAAAGAAACUAUCGAACAGGAAAAGCAAAGUGAAAGUACAGCCUGAAUGCAAAACUGAAGAUGUGACUGCUGCUUCUUCAGUGGGGUUUUGGCUUUCAGCUUGGAUCGUUUUCUUCUGUUUUGUGUCCCCACCCCACCCCCAUGUUUGUUGCCCAUUUAUUUUAGCAAACAUUCCCUCAUUUAGUGUUCCCCAGGCAAUAAGUUUGUUUUGUGUUUGUUGGGCAAGAUGCUGUGUAUUUGUGUUCUUAAAACUGUAAUUCCAAGUUCUGUACCAACUCCAUUACUUGCCAAAAAAGCUAUUUGCAUAAAAAUUGUUUUCCUAAACCUCACA